AUGGCUCGCCCCAUGGGGUCAGUCCGCCUCAAGAAGGGGAAUCCUUCGACCCUCGCCCUCGGUGUCAUCCUCUGCAUCUUCAUCAUCGUCUUCCUCGUCUCGCCCUCGGGCAAGUCCGUCACAGCCAAGCGAUUCGAGUCGGUAACCGCAGAGCAUCAUCUGUCGCCUCCUACGUCGCCGUACCGAAAGUCAAAAUCGCGAUCUGGCGUCCCAUUCAAGCCACCACCCGUCGCGCAUUACAACCUUAACAAUGUCACCAUUACCACUUCGCCCAUCGAGAACCGAGAGAAUGUCCUGAUUCUCACCCCCAUGGCCCGCUUCUACCCCGAGUACUGGGAGAACCUGUUGAGGCUGAGCUACCCCCACGAGCUCAUCACUCUGGGCUUCAUCCUGCCCAAGACCAAGGAGGGUAACCAGGCCACAACUGACCUACAGGAGUUCGUGCACAAGACCCAGAAGCACGGCCGCGAAAAGGACAAGUUCAAGAGCAUCAUUAUCCUGCGACAAGACUUUGAGCCCGCCAUUGUCUCUCAGGAUGAGAGCGAGCGACAUAAGCUUGCGAACCAAAAGGCCCGUCGCGAGGUCAUGGCCAAGGCCCGCAACUCCCUGCUCUUCACCACCCUUGGACCGGAUACUUCUUGGGUUCUGUGGCUUGACUCUGACGUUGUCGAGACACCGACCUCGCUCAUUCAGGAUCUGGCUGCUUUUGACAAGCCAUUGAUUGUCCCCAACUGCUUCCAGCGAUAUUACGAUGAGGAGCACAAGCAAAUGGCUGAGCGACCAUACGACUUCAACAGCUGGCAGGACAGCGAGACCGCGCUUGCGCUCGCCGCCAAGAUGGGUCCUGAUGAGAUUCUCCUCGAGGGAUACGCCGAGAUGGCGACUUAUCGCAUGUUGAUGGCGUACUUGGCGACUGACGGAGGAGACCCCAAGAUGGUGAUUCCUCUCGAUGGAGUUGGAGGCACCGCUCUCCUGGUCAAGGCGGAUGUCCACCGCGACGGCGCCAUGUUCCCUCCUUUCCCCUUUUACCACCUCAUCGAGACUGAGGGAUUCGCCAAGAUGGCGAAGCGAUUAGGCUGGCAACCAUACGGUCUCCCCAACUACAAGGUUUACCACUAUAAUGAGUAA